CGAUGUGGUAUAUAAGUGUCCACCGCGCCUGAUGCUGUGGUUUUGCUGAGAGAGAACGCAAAGCAAAACAAAGCUUUGGGUGAAAACAAAGGUUGCAAGCAAACUGCAACACACAAUGGCGGCUACUGUAUCUGCUUGGUCCAAGCCCGGCGCGUGGGCCCUAGACUCCGAAGAACAUGAAGAAGAACUCCUUCAACAGAACCACAAAGACGACGAACCUAAACCACUCGUCGACUUCCCUUCCCUCGCCGUCGCCGCCGCCACCAAGCCCAAGAAGAAGAAGGCCCAAACCUACUCUCUCGCCGAGUUCACCGCCAAACCCGACCCAGCCUUCACCAACCAAGAAGAUCUCUUGAAUCUCCCCACCGGUCCCCGCCAGCGCUCCGCCGAGGAACUCGACCGCGACAGGAACCAUCUCGGCGGAGGCUUCCGCUCCUACGGCGACCGCCCCCGCAGGAAUUCUGGCGGCGAUGAAUCGUCCAAUUCGAGGUGGGGUUCGUCUAGGGUUUCUGAUGAGCCCCGCAGAAACGGCGCGUUUGGGGCUAGGGAUUCGAAUCGCGAGUUGCCGCCGUCGCGCGCUGAUGAAAUCGAUAAUUGGGCUGCUGCGAAGAAAUCACCGAGCGGUGGGAACGGGUUCGAGAGGAAGGAGAGGGAAAGAGGGGGUUUCUUCGAUUCACAGUCGCGUGCUGACGAAUCUGAGAGUUGGGUUUCGAAUAAGAGUUUUGUGCCGUCGGAUGGACGAAGAUUCGGUUCCAACGGUGGCGGUGGGUUUGAGAGAGAGAGAAAGGUUGGGUUUGGUUCCAGCGGUGGAGCAGAUUCGGAUAAUUGGAACAAGAAGAAGGGUGAGUUCAGCGUUGGGAGUGAAAGAAGCGAGAGUGGUAGUGGGGGAAGGCCAAAGCUUGUUCUGCAACCUCGGAAAGUGUCGGCGAGUAAUGAGAACCAGGAAGGUGGUUCUGGGAAUGUGACAAAGCCUAAGGGUCUGAAUCCGUUUGGUGAAGCAAGGCCAAGGGAACAGGUUUUGGCAGAGAAAGGGCAAGAUUGGAAGAAGUUUGAUGAGCAGCUUGAGAGCAUGAAGAUUAAGGAGACUAAUGUGGAUGGGUUUGGGAAGAGGGCUUUUGGUUCUGGCAAUUCAAGCAAUGCAGGACGUGGUGCUAGUUUUCCUGAUGAUCGCACUGAGAGGAGUUGGAGGAGGCCACAAUCUGAUGAUGAUCGUCCAAAAAGUGCUGAGAAAGUGGAGGAUGAACACGUUGAAGAAAACUGAAGAGCUAUCAAUUACUUUUGUCGCUGCAGAUUGAUUGAUAAGAGACUUGGAAAGGAACAUUGAAUAUCAAAAACUUAAUUUUUGUUUCCCAUUGAAGUUUUGUCUUUACUUAUAUUUUCCUAUGUUUUUAUUGUGAAAGACUACACUGAAACUGCUUAGAGGCAUUUUUGUUAGGCAUGCUAGUAGCUUAGGCAGUCUCUGUUUUUAUGACAAUGUUUGUUGCUAAAUGUUACCGUAAUUUUGGCCUUAUUUUUACAUCCCUUCAUAAUCUGUAUAAGCUGGGUGAUGAACUGCUGAUUUUGGAAUUCAUAUUUUUUUUGGGCCCCGCUUCAUUUACAGAAUGAUAUUCACGU